UCGCCCGACUCGGUGUCGCCGUGCUUCCUACCUGAGUCGGAGCGCUCUGGGGCGGGGGUGCGGUCGUGUAAUAGGAAGCGGAGUGCUUUGCAAGCUUCCCGUGGGACACCCGCUAACCCGGCCGGUCGCCAAGUCUGGUGCAUUCCCAGCCGACCUCUCCGGUUUUCAUUUUUGGUGCUCGAAGUCCCUUGCUUGUAGCAGCCAUGCCUCUCAGCCGCAGUCUCUCCAUGUCCUCACUUCCAGGACUGGAAGAUUGGGAGGAUGAGUUCGACCCGGAGAACACAGUGCUUUUCGAGGUGGCCUGGGAGGUGGCCAACAAGGUGGGUGGCAUCUACACUGUGCUGCAGACGAAGGCGAAGGUGACUGGGGAUGAGUGGGGUGACAACUACUACCUGGUGGGACCAUACACGGAGCAGGGCGUGAGGACUCAGGUGGAGCUGCUGGAGCCCCCGACUCCUGAGCUGAAGAGGACCCUGGAUUCCAUGAACAGCAAGGGCUGUAAGGUGUAUUUUGGGCGUUGGCUGAUCGAGGGGGGACCCCUAGUGGUGCUCCUGGAUGUAGGGGCCUCAGCCUGGGCCCUGGAGCGCUGGAAGGGUGAGCUUUGGGACACCUGCAACAUCGGGGUACCCUGGUACGACCGUGAGGCUAAUGACGCUGUCCUGUUUGGCUUCCUCACCACCUGGUUCCUGGGUGAGUUCCUGGCGCAGAACGAAGAAAAGCCAUAUGUGGUUGCCCACUUCCACGAAUGGUUGGCAGGCAUCGGUCUGUGUCUGUGCCGUGCCCGGCGCUUGCCAGUGGCAACCAUCUUCACCACCCAUGCCACGCUGCUAGGGCGCUAUCUGUGUGCUGGUGCCGUGGACUUCUACAACAACCUGGAGAACUUCAAUGUGGACAAGGAAGCAGGCGAGAGGCAGAUCUACCAUCGCUACUGCAUGGAGCGAGCCGCUGCCCACUGCGCUCACGUCUUCACCACUGUGUCCCAGAUCACCGCCAUUGAGGCUCAGCACCUCCUCAAAAGGAAACCAGAUAUUGUGACCCCCAACGGGUUGAAUGUGAAGAAGUUCUCUGCUAUGCACGAGUUCCAGAACCUUCAUGCUCAGAGCAAAGCACGAAUCCAGGAGUUUGUGCGAGGUCAUUUUUAUGGGCACUUGGACUUCAACUUAGACAAGACUCUGUAUUUCUUUAUUGCUGGCCGCUACGAGUUCUCCAACAAGGGAGCUGAUGUGUUCCUGGAAGCCUUAGCCCGGCUCAACUAUCUUCUCAGAGUGAACGGCAGCGAGCAGACAGUUGUUGCCUUCUUCAUCAUGCCGGCCCGGACCAACAAUUUCAACGUGGAGACCCUGAAGGGCCAAGCCGUGCGCAAACAGCUCUGGGACACGGCCAAUACAGUUAAGGAGAAAUUCGGGAGGAAGCUUUACGAGUCCUUACUAGUGGGGAGCCUCCCAGACAUGAACAAGAUGCUGGACAAGGAGGACUUCACUAUGAUGAAGAGAGCCAUUUUUGCUACUCAGCGGCAGUCUUUCCCCCCUGUGUGCACCCACAACAUGCUAGACGACUCCUCAGACCCCAUCCUGACCACCAUCCGCCGAAUUGGCCUUUUCAACAGCAGUGCUGACCGUGUGAAGGUGAUUUUCCACCCGGAGUUCCUCUCCUCCACGAGCCCUCUGCUCCCUGUGGACUAUGAGGAGUUUGUCCGAGGCUGUCACCUUGGAGUCUUCCCCUCCUACUAUGAGCCCUGGGGCUACACACCUGCGGAGUGCACCGUCAUGGGCAUCCCCAGCAUCUCCACCAACCUCUCGGGCUUUGGCUGCUUUAUGGAGGAACACAUCGCAGAUCCCUCAGCUUACGGCAUUUACAUUCUGGACCGGAGGUUCCGCAGCCUGGAUGACUCCUGCUCACAGCUCACCUCCUUCCUCUACAGUUUCUGUCAGCAGAGCCGGCGACAGCGCAUCAUCCAGCGGAAUCGCACAGAGCGGCUGUCAGACCUGUUGGAUUGGAAGUACCUAGGCCGGUACUACAUGUCUGCACGCCACAUGGCCCUGGCCAAGGCUUUUCCAGAUCAUUUCACCUAUGAGCCCCACGCGGUAGAUGCGUCCCAGGGGUACCGUUACCCACGGCCAGCCUCCGUGCCGCCAUCGCCCUCACUGUCUCGACACUCCAGCCCACACCAGAGUGAGGACGAGGAAGAGCCCCGGGAUGGACUACUGCGGGAAGACAGUGAGCGUUAUGACGAGGAAGAAGAGGCUGCCAAGGACCGCCGCAACAUCCGAGCACCGGAGUGGCCCCGCCGGGCCUCCUGUUCUUCCUCCACAGGUGGAAGCAAGAGAAGCAACUCAGUGGACACUGGCGCCUCCAGCUCACUCAGCACACCCACUGAGCCCCUGAGUCCUACCAGUUCCGUGGGCGAGGAGCGUAACUAAGCCCCUCUACCCCACUCCCUACCUGUCCUGUGUCCCUCCUGCAGAGGGCCUGAUAGAUGGGAGGGUGCCUGAACCCCACUCCAGACCCUGAGAGGGACCCGUACCCAGUGUGGUCCACAGCCCAGCCUGUUUCAGACACUCCAGCCCCUGGGCUCCAGUCUUGGAGCCCCCACACUCCACGCCGCUGUGUGCCUUUCUUGAAUUGCAGAAUGCAUUCUUUGUGUUCUGGUCUGGAGUCUCCAGACUCAGACUGGGUCCCAGAGGCCAGGAAUCUGCCUUUGUUCUUCGAUGCCAGAGGUUUUCAGCCUCCUGGUUUAUUGUUUUCCAGGCUGCAGCUUCUUCAUUUGAUCCUAAACCACAGAGUAUGCUGUGCUCAGGCCUGCCCCUCAUGUUAGAAUCUGUGGCCUCUCUGCAACCGGGACGCCAAGUGCAGAGUUAGGACGCCUCAGGGAUUAACAUAGUUGAAUAUGAGCUGGAAAAGUAGCUCAGUUGUCAGAGUGCUUGCCUGGCACACCCAGGGAUCUAGCUCUAACACCUCACCUCGUAAACCUGAAUUGCUGGUGCACCUCUGUAAUUCCAGCACUCAGUAAGUAGAGGCAGAAGGGUCAGGCGUUUGUCUUCUGCUACACAGGAAGUUAGUUCAAGGCCAGGCAGGGCAAAAGUCAAUGAAGCAAAGGUAACAGUGCUUAAGGUCCUCCAUUUCAGCCCGCAGCUGGGAUUCCAGGACAGGCUGCAAGCUUGGUCUCCCUGGGUGUGUCCUGCUCAUUUCUCCCAGGGAGCAUGCAGAGUUGGACCAGACCUUUUUGCCUUCUUGUGGACCAGAGGUUAUUCUUCCCUUUGGCCCAGUGUCCCCUCCAGGAAAUGCCUCCUUUGAGAACAGGAUGACUAUCAACCCCACAACGGCUCAGCCUGCGGUGAAACAGCUGGGCUCUGGCUCCCAGUGGCCAAAUCAGGAGUCUGAUCACUGUGCUGCCCCCUGAUCCCCUUUCCUGAUCUAGAACCGAGCCCACUGGCUUCUCGAAGCCCCACAUGUACCUCGAGGCCUUUCUGCCUGCAAGCUUUGUCCUGCCCCAGCUUCAGUGAAGGGGGGCCCUCAUACCUGAGGCCCUUCUUGGUUUGCAUUUGGAGGGGGAGGGCAGAAGGUGUGUGAUUGGAGUGUGUCCAGAGAUGAAAAAAAUAUACAUGUAUUUAAGA